GAAUGGAAGUUCGUGCAUCACACAUUUUCUCCUCACCCCAGUACCUGACGCUCCGUCCUCUCUCUCCGCGGCAGGGACAGCCGGCCGGCGAGCUCCUCCCCUCCGCGCUCUCCCUUGCGGCGGCCCAGGACGGGCUCCUCCUCCUCCCGCCGCCUGCUCCGGUCUCCCGCGAGCAGGGGAGCUGUCGUCCUGCAUCCUCAUCGUUGCUUGCUGCGAUGACUAAUUUGUAUUUCCACAGUCAUCACUAAGCCAUUACAAGUAGGAGUUACCUGGAAAUGUUGAGAAACUCCAAGGUUCUAGGUGGUUCCUUCGCGAAACAACUAUAAUAUAAAUUUUAUGAGGGGAGGAAGCUCGGAUGAAUUUUGCCGUUGCCAGGCCUGCCUUGGCAGGUACACACUACUUGCAGAUGAUGAAAACCCAAGAUUGGCAAUGUUUGAGAGACGACUUCCCUUCUUUGGUUGUGGAAUUGGUUGGUGUUGUUUUCUUUUGGGUUUCUUGUGCCCCUUGGUUUGGUACAUUGCAGCUCUUCUUUAUUACUGCAAGUACUACAACCGGGAUCCUCGAGAGCGACCUGGACUUGCUGCUUCUGCUUUUCUGGCAGUCAUCUUUACAGUAGCAACUAUUGUCACCCUUUCUGUUUUGCUGAUAAUGUGUACACAGAGACGAUUGAAUAGCUGUCCAAGCUAACUGAAAUGAUAGCUGCAAGACAUAGUUGCAGACCCUCAUCAGAUGAGCUGCUGACCAAAAUAUUAUACUGAUUCUUUUGUUGAUUUAUGUGCUGGAACACAAGGGUAACCAAAGGAUUGUUCUUCAGAGGAUGAUUCCUCAUCAGCAAUAUCAGCUAUUGCGUGCUCUUGAGUGAUGAGUGUAGACUAUGGGAUUGCAGAGAGGCCUUAGUGGCGAUUCCUUUUUCUGUAGACCGGGCUUCUUCGGAUCACAGGAAUUUUACAGAAAUUUCAGAGGAAACAAUUCAAUUCCUCCAUUUUUCCUCUAAAAAUCCUUCGAACCGAAGAGGCCCUAGCAAAUUUUCACUGACAAAGUUAUGGAUGUAGAAAACAAUCGGGAGUUACCUAAUCCAAUGAGAUUGAUUUGAUCAA